AUGAUUGAUCCAGAAGAUCGGUUUGUCUCGCUGAUGGAGAGCUAUUUUGGCGAUCCGAAAAUCCCUACAACCCAAUGCUUUUGCAACGUCUGGGAUUGGGAUCAACUGCGCAUGAUCAAGAUUAAAGGAACUGCUAGGAUAUUCCCACCCGAAGAAGACAAACAGCUCGAUAUUGUUGCCCAAUUUGCAGACUACCUCUCACUCGAUGUCUGUGCUAUUUCAGUCGAUGAUAACGGACUUCUUACUGGACCCUCGACAGACCCAGAGGAAGACGAUACACGACAUGUUGGGCAUAUUCCAUUUUCACUUUGUGACUCGAUCGCCAAUUGUCCUAAGAUGAAAUUGUCGGAAAUUCAAUCACUUGACCGACUAGGGGCUGGUGUUGAUUUGGUACUUAUACCGUCUGAAGGCAAGAAGGUUGCGUUCAAGUUCAACCCUCUUAAAUUGCCUCCAAGACUGGAGAUGGCAUGGAAGGAGGUGAAUAUCCUUAGCAAGCUACCUCAACACCCAAAUAUCGUACCGUUUGAUCGAAUUGUCCUUGAAGAUGUUGAGUCUAGAGUGAUUGGAUUCACAACAAAAUACAUACCCUGUCAACCAUUAUCCACUACUUCUGGCAGACCAUUCCGACUUGAAUGGCUGCAACAGCUCACCCAGCUUGUGGAUUUUCUCAACCUAGACCUGGGCAUUAUGCAUCAAGAUAUCGCGCCCCGAAACCUGCUUAUUGACCCCGAAACUGACAAGAUCCUCCUAUUUGAUUUUGACUGGGCUGUCAACGGAAAGAAUGGCCUAGAGGAGGGACGAGACGACAUAAUAACCAAAGAUACCCACUUCACCAAAAUUCCCCACUGGGCUAGAUCUAUCGAUAUAGUUCAGAACAUUGAAUGGGAAUGUCACUGUGAACUAGAUCAUGACGUAUCUAUAUUUCGGGAAUUUUUGAACGAAUGGAUUGCUACGAGAUCUGACAAGGAAACAAAUAUGGAGCGCUUUCUCAAUGCACCCAAUCGUCUCACAUGGCCAAGCUAUCCAACUCCGCCGGAAUACGGUGUUCCUGAUGAACUUGGGACAAAGUCAGAUGGGACGCCUUCCUGGAUCACGGGUACUCGUUCUAGGCGCGCUGCAUUGAAAUUGGGACAAUACAGCUUUCGAUGGGAGAGACCACCACAGAGCAGAUUGUUGAAGAUGGCAUCUAAUAUUAAGAGUGACAGCUAG